AUGGAUUUAAUGGAUCCGGUUUCACUCUUAUUGCUCUUUGUCCUUACAUUGGCAUUCUUUCUGAAAAGGGACAGUUUCUGGAACACCAGCAGACGAGAUCUUCCCCCAGGACCGAGGCCAUGGCCCCUCAUCGGAAACCUCCACCUACUAGACGUGAAGAGGCCUUACAGAACCCUGUCCAAGUUAUCCAAGCGGUAUGGUCCUGUCUUCAGCUUUCAACUGGGAUUCCAGAAAGUAGUCGUUCUGACGGGCCACGAGAUGGUAACAGAGGCUUUGGUGAACCAGGCAGAUGCCUUUGCAGAGAGGCCUGCUGUCCCAAUCUUUGAAGAAAUUGCAGAAGGCUAUGGGGUUGUCUUUUCUCAUGGUGAGAACUGGAAGGUGAUGAGGCGGUUUACGUUAACCACGUUGCGUGACUACGGAAUGGGGAAGAGGACCAUAGAGGAAAAGAUUGUUGAAGAAUGCCAUUUCCUAAUACAGAAAUUUGAAUCUUACCAAAGAAAACCAUUUGAGACCACUGUAAUCAUGAAUGCUGCUGUUGCCAAUAUUAUAGUGUCCAUAUUACUUGGCAAGCGAUUUGAAUAUGAAGAUCCCACUUUUCUAAGACUACUGAACUUGGUCAAUGAAAAUGUCCGGCUUGUUGGAAGUCCCUCAGUCACGCUGUACAACAUGUUUCCUGCUCUGGGCUUUCUCUUCGGUGCUCGCAAAACUGUCCUUGACAACAGGGAUGAAUUGUUUGCCUUCAUCCAGGCCACCUUCAUAAAACACCUCAAAGUACUGGAUGAGAAUGACCAGAGGAGCUUUAUUGACACAUUUCUAAUUCGACAGCAAGAGGAGAAGAACAAGAACAAGAUUGAUGGAUUCUUCCAUAAUGAAAACCUAAAGGCUGUUGUGGGUAACUUAUUUGCUGCCGGUAUGGAGACCACUUCAACUACCUUGCGUUGGGCCCUAUUGCUGAUGAUGAAGUACCCUGAAAUUCAGAAUAAGGUCCAGGAAGAAAUUACAACAGUGAUCGGGUCUGCUCAGCCUCAGAUUGAACACCGAUCAAAAUUGCCCUAUACAGAUGCGGUAAUCCAUGAAGUGCAGAGGUUCGCUAAUAUUAUCCCUAUGAAUUUGCCACGUACCACCUGUGCGGAUGUCACUCUGAAAGGCUAUUUCAUUCCAAAGGGAACAUAUAUCAUCCCAUUACUGUACUCUGUGUUGUACGAUGAAUCCCAGUGGGAAAAACCACUUCAGUUCUAUCCAGAGCACUUCCUUGAUUCUGAAGGAAAGUUUGUUAAGAGAGAUGCCUUCAUGCCUUUCUCUGCAGGUCGGCGAAUGUGUGCUGGUGAGACCCUGGCCAAAAUGGAGCUCUUCCUCUUAUUCAUGGGUCUCCUGCAGAGAUUCACUUUCCAGCCAGCCCCCGGGACAUCUAAAGAAGACCUGGACCUCACUCCUGCAGUUGGGGGUACUACGCCUCCGAUGCCCUACAGCAUCUGUGCUGUGCCGCGUUCUUAA